AUGUCGCCCACUGCCAGUGAGACUGAAGCACACAUGAACUCAAUUGGUCUCAUUUAUACUACUCCCGGCUCAAGCAUCAAGAAGCCGAAGGCUUCCAAGACAAGACACGAGAUCGCGGCCAUACGUCUCUCGCGCAUCGAUACCUCAGCCCCAACUGAUCCAGACCACGGAUAUGGUCGACUGAGCACGAGAAGUGACAGUUCCGUUGUUUCCUGGUCGGAAACUUUGGUGAACUCGCCUCAAUCUGAGGGAACAGAGUCUUUGCUCUAUGCCCGUGUUCACCACGACGGAUACAGCAAGCACGUUUAA